ACAUUAUCCCAAUUAAGCAGACUGGGUGAACAUAGUGAACCAAAACUAUAUCUUUUUGAAGACAAGCUUUCAACUAGUAAACUUCACCAUGACUUGCCUCCACCACUUCUACUCUUCAUUGCUUCCCAUCCAUGCAACAAUCAAACCACAGCAACAACAGCAUAUAGGGAUGGGUCACACCACCAAACUAUUUUGGGGAGAACCUACAACUUGCAACCACUUUCCUUCAGCAAGUUCAUUAAGUACCAAGGCACUUCCACAUUUCAUUGUUGCUGCUGCUACUUCACCUCCCAAACCCGGUGACCCAUCCACCUUUCUUCCAGUAAGUGCUCUGCUUAUAUCAGUAUACUUCAUAGCAAAUUUCGUCGUGCCAGAUUUUCUUACCAAAUAUUUUGGAUUUGAUAAACUGAAUGAAGACCAGAAGGUUGAUGAUGUUGAAGAUAAAUAGACAAGCACCCUUGACAUGAAGAAAAGUGAUUACUAAAAUGUGCCCAGGAUGCUCGAACAAACUGUGUAGUUGUUUGAAUUUGUCUUUGUAUCUUUAUUUUACAUUAAGAUGAUAAAAGUCAUUUGUGUUGUUUUAAACUUGGUAGCGAUACCAAUUUUCCUGAAACCAAAUUGUCCUUGCCGCUGCUUUGGAGAUGUGAUCUUUGAUGGACAUAGAUAUAAAGGAAAACUUUGUAA